CAUCGGAAUGAUAAAAACGACAAUGUGCUCGCUGAACCCUGGCACGGUGUGGAGCAGCUGAAGUUGAUUAGGACUUUUCUGGCAAUAAAAGACUGACAUUAAAGUGGAAGUAGAAGUGUUUAGAAACUCUCCGACUCGCUGGGACAGCUCUCACUUACUGACUGAUGGAAAGAGAGAGGAGGAAAAAGGGGAAAUCUUUUCGCUCAAGCAGAAGCGCCAUGGACUGGCGGAGCAACAUUUAACGCUUCUUUUUUUGUCUCUUUCUCUCCCUUCUUCUUGUUGUUUUGGGCGCAAUGACGGACUAUCCUCCGCGUGCUUGCGUGUAGCAUGAGACUUGAGUGCGAGAUGUCUAGCGCGAGGCCGAGUAAGAGCGUGGAAUGGCUGCAACUGGAGUUGGAGACCGGAGGCGCUUCUCUGCUCCUGCUGGACUGCCGCUCACACGAGCUGUAUGAAUCAUCCCACAUAGAGACCGCCAUCAACCUGGCCAUGACGGGGCUCAUGCUGCGGAGGUUCAAGAAGGGCAGCAUCCCGAUCCAGACCGUCAUCCCCAAACACGAGGACAAGGAGAAGUUCGUGAGGCGGUGCAAGACGGACACGGUGGUCCUGUACGACGAGAGUUCCGCGGACUGGCAGGACAGCGGCUCCCCGGCCACCGUGUUGUUCCUGCUUCUUAACAAACUGCGAGAAGACGGCUGUAAAGCCUACUUUCUUGAAGGUGGUUUUGUGAAGUUCCACACAGAGUAUCCAGAACACUGCGAGACUCUCCUGGACAGCUCCUGUCCGAGCUCCUCUCCCCCGAUGCCCGUCCUAGGUUUCGGAGGUCUCCGGAUCAGCUCGGACUGUUCAGACGGCGAAUCUGAUCGAGAACCCAGCAGUGCGACGGAAUCAGAGGAGAGUCCCGUUCCCAGCAAUCAGCCAGACUUUCCCGUCCAAAUCCUACCUUACCUCUACCUGGGCUGUGCCAAAGACUCCAGCAACUUAGAUGUGCUGGGCCAGUACAACAUCACGUACAUCCUGAACGUCACACCGAAUCUGCCCAACGUGUUUGAGCACAAGAGCCACUUCAGAUACAAGAAGAUCCCUAUUUCGGAUCACUGGAGUCAAAACUUGUCCCAGUUCUUUCCAGAAGCUAUAUCAUUUAUUGAUGAGGCUCGAUCUAAGCGCUGUGGCAUCCUUGUCCACUGCCUGGCCGGCAUCAGUCGCUCAGUCACAGUCACCGUGGCCUACCUGAUGCAGAGACUCAACCUGUCUCUAAACGACGCCUAUGACUUUGUGAAGAGAAAGAAGUCCAACAUCUCGCCAAACUUCAACUUCAUGGGACAGCUCUUAGACUUUGAGAGGACGCUGGGGCAGCACACACCCUGCGACAACCGCUCUACCAGCGAAGAGCAGCUUUUCUUUACCACCCCAACCAAUCACAAUGUGUUUCAGCUGGAGUCGACAUGAGGAGCAGGCACAGUUGUUUAUGCUGUUGUUGUUGUUUCCUGUGGUGGUUUUCUGAGCUUGUCGGAUGCCUGACUUGCUGACGCAGGCGGUAAGUCAGCAAUAGUGUUCAACAACUUCACAACAAGCCUCAUUGAUCUGUUAAAGCAACAGAAUCCAUAAGCUUCUGUCUCAAUGCCUUAAUAUCUUAACAAUAGAAGCAAUCUAACGUUCCACCACAUUUGUUUUAAUGAAUGGCCAUGUAUAGUCGUUAUAGAUGAACUUUUCAUAAUAUUUCUUUUUAAGACUUUAAAUGUUUUUGGACGGUUGUUUGCUGUACUUUUCUAGUUUGUUUAUGAAUAGGCAUGGGCUGGUAUGAGAUUUUCAUAGUGUGAUUACUUUGAGUAAAAAUACAACAGUUUCACAGCAUUAUAGUAGAAUUUUAAUGAAAAAUGCUCAACACGAGGCAAUUCUUUUCAUAUAACAGAGAAAAGCAAAAAUCUAUUCCUACUGUAGCUGAAAUAUUACAUAUAAUAAAAAUAUUACACAUUAUGCACAAAUAGCAUAUUAAAAACCACAAAUAAAUGAAUUGAAUAAAAGUUCAUUAACAUUUUUAUAUUAAAUGUUACCAUAAACAGCUACAGUGUCAAAAAUAUGACAAAAUAUCCAUAUAGCACCAAAAGGUGCUACCCAGUUAAGAAAUUUCCCUUUUUAAUUAAUGUGUAUUUAUCUAUAUUUAUUAGUAAUUAAAGAACCAUAGUGAUCAAGUCUCACAAAAAAUUGAAGUUGUGAUGUGGCCAAACAGAGAUUGAUGCUUUUUAACUAUAAAUAAAUAAAGUUGUAUAUUUUUUUUUUUUAGAAAUUAAGAUGUUAACUUUGAGGUAAUACAAAGAAUGAUAACUAAGCAGUCUGGGAACUCAAAAUGUUUUCAUAGUCAGUUCAAGACUGUAUAUAAACCCAGUUACAAGAACUUGUGCAAAAUAACCUUCUUCUUAUUGUAGCACUGGAAUUUAAAGAAGCUACUCUUAGACCGUUGAUUAGCAUGGCUAACUGUGCUGUCGGAAACAGCAAUAAGCUCCUAACAAAAGCAGCCAUGUUAAUAAGAGUUGAUAGAACCCUUCUUUAACUCUCAAGUAUUUUUAAACAGUUUUAUUUUGUUGUAAGUGAAGAAAAAGUUAGGAACCUUCUUCCAGUCAGCUAUCAGUGUGCAGCAACAGGUUGGGAAGGGGGCAGCACUACCUUCUGCUUCGAAUAACCAGAACUGGCUUCUAAUUAACUAACCACAGAAUGGUGUGAAAUUUAAGGGGGCUUUGAACUAUAAAUGUCUAAAAGCGUGGUAAAAAGGUUGAUACCGGCCCAUGUCUACUUGUGAAUAAUGCCUUGCUAAAAGAUUUGUGGCCAAUCCGAAUGUUUUCUGGGGUCCAAUACAAGAUGUGUUGUUAUUUUAGCUGAGGGGGAAAAAGCUACCAUAUGGAGGCAGCUACAGUUUUCCUGCUGCUUGAGUUUUGACAGAAGACUUCUCUCGCAUCUGGCAAACAAUAUAUUAGAACUGAACUGUUAGUUACCAUGUUGAGGUGUAAUGAAAGACUGGCUUUCCCCACAGUUAAAAAGGAGCAGCUAUGUAAGUAAGAAGGGUACAAACAACUGGAAACCCACCUUAUUUUGUUUCCCUCUGACACUUUGCAGCCUGCAGCUACUUCCUCUCAUAGGAGUUCCCGUGUGUAAAUAGUUUUCAUCUCCCUCUCUGUUUCUCUCUUUCUCUUUUCGUCAUAUCUUGUAUUUGAACAGGUGAAUGAAUUUAAUGCGUGAAAGGAAAUGAGAAGAAGCGAGAUUGACCGGAGCGUUCUUACCUCAACAAAGAGACAUUUUUCAGGGAUUUUUAUACAAGUGGGUUGCGCGUCAUCCUGGUCUCUUAAAACGCACCCAAGGGCUGUUUUGUUUCAUAUGUUUGUAACGAUGUACAUAAAGUGGUUGUUACGGGAGACAUUUUCUGUAAAUCAUGAAGGAUGUGGAAGUGACCCUUGUUGGAACUCUUAUGUAUUGCAUAUAUUGAGCUAAAAGGCAUUCUGUACACGUUUUUACAGUAAAUAUAUUGUAUAUUUUUA